UUGAGUUUCUCCAAAGCAGAAUAUCACCGGCUAAUUUCGAAUAGACGUUGGCAUAGUACAAAUUUAUUAUGCAUUUUUAAUUCAAAACAGUUUUCAAUUUUUACCAAGAUAGGAUUUCGUCGAAUUCUAGUUCCAAAAACUUCGCCGGCCUUUUUAUUUCAAUGACAUCCCUGAGCAGACAUUGAGAGAAAGUUUGCUUUAUGUUUUGCGGGCACUACUACACUUGUUUUUUGACCAAAAAAGUUCAUCGGUGUCGAACCAGCUAUUUAACAGUUUAACAAUUCGAUAACAGUGGGAGGAGAUUAAACUUGAAUAGAGCUCAGGAAACUUUGGUAAACACAAACAAGUAGGUAAACAGAAAGUUCAUUGGAAAAACCGAUAAAGAAAACAGGGCCAAGCACUGCACGCUGCGGCUCCCCUCUAUCGAUAGAUUGAAUUUGAUACAAGUUGCCCUUUUCCUGCCUUAUUUCAACAUACUGCUUACGAUUUGUCAAGAGCGAUCUGAACCAGUCUAGAGCUAUUAGACAAAAUCCGUAUUGUUCCAUCCUAUUCAGAAGAAGUUUUUGGUUCAUACAAUCAAACGUCCUGCUACGAUCACCGAAUAUCCCAGCUGUAACAUAUGUAUAAAAAACAUACUUCCAGAAAAGCUCUUAAUUACAUCUAGAAAUGAAUUUUUCUUCAAGUUGGAAAACAUAUUAGUGACUUAAAGAAUGAUAAUGAGCGUCCAAUAUGGGUUACUCUCUCUUUAAAAGAUACUGUAACAAAGUUCUUAUCCACCACAGGAUAACCGAACUUAUUUUUUUCUUUUUUUAUCCACAGCUAAAUGUUUCACUAUAUCUGCAAAUUAUUUAUCUAACCUUGAACCUGGCCUAUAUAAAUAUCGCUUUUGUUACGGGAGAAAAUAAAGAUACGAAGACUAAAUAGAAUUGGCAAGCAGGUUUAUGCGUUUUGAGGUGUUCAGCAGGACCCCUCCUCUUUGUGCAGAGCUCUACAGCGAAAUCUACGCCACUGGACACACUGCAAUAAGUUGUGUUAAAAUCGACACUUUGAAAAAUCCUACGAAAUCCUAUCUUACGAUUCGGUUAUCUUUAAUGAACCAUCUCGAUUUAUUAAAUUUCGAAUUAAUCUCGCCGAAAUUCUUAAAGACGCCAUAAAAACGUCGUGCAAAUAAAGUAAAACAUAUUAAUUUCGCUGGAUUUCAUUCCGGCCCGUCUUCGUCGAAACUAAACGGUCCCGACACGCGCGACUCCUGCAAGUGUAGCAGCAGGAUUCAGGGGCGGGUGUUCCUGCGACCCGCCUACGCAUUUUCCCGCCCAUUUCUGCCUGGAUAUCGCCCCAGCAGGAUUGCCAGUCCUUUUCGCGCGCUUGCGACGCUUGCAAGUGGUCAGGGUGGGAAGUAAUUUUUUAUCAUAGCUGUAAUAUGUAAUGCUCAUGUGAUUUUGUUUUUUUGUUCGUCGCUAGCCGUCGUUUGGUGUGAAUGUAGGUCGCGGAUUUUUAACGUAUAGUGAAAUCGACGCGUACACAAAGGAUUAGCCAUGCUGAAAUUUCUCUUUGGAUUCUUCAUAUUGAUUAGUUUUGGAUCAUGCAGGAAACAUCCGGAGCCUUACUACGGAACAAAAAUCGGCCCUUUAGUCGAGUUCGCCCACAGGAUCAAGGGAACGGUGUACGCAGUCGACGAGAGCACAAUUUUCAUAAAAGGUUUUUCCUACGACGGAACAGGUCCCGAUGCCUUUUUCUGGAUCGGGAACUCGCCGAGGCCGAGUCCCGAGGGAAUGAUUAUACCUUAUCCCGAAGACUAUCGUGGAAGGGAUCCGCCUGUACUAAAGGCUCACAACAACACGGACAUAAUCCUCAGAUUGCCGAAUGGGAAACGAAUUAGAGAUAUACGAUGGCUGUCCGUAUGGUGCCGACGAUUUACGGUUGAUUUCGGAGAAGUUUUCAUCCCACCAAACUUAGAAGUUCCGAAGCCACGCGUCUUGCCCGAAUUCAAGAGGUUAGCGCACGGUCUCCGUUCCGACAAUAUCAGCGUUUUGGACGCCAAAACAUUUUACAUUCCCAAUUUACAUUAUGACGGUGCCGGUCCGGAUGCGUAUUUUUGGGUUGGCAAUGGAUCUGAACCUUCGGCGUUUGGAAUCAAGGUACCAAAUGAGAUGGGUUCGUUGGAACCUCUACGAGGCUAUCUCGGUGAGGAUAUAGAGAUACAGCUUCCCGGCUCAUUGACGGUGUACGACAUAGAUUGGUUGGCUGUAUGGUGCGUUCAGUACAGACACAACUUUGGACAUGUAAUGAUACCGAAAGACCUCGAUGUUCCUCCCGCAUUAGGGCAAACUAAAAUAUCCACCACAUCAACUCCGAUGCCGGCUUCAACAAAUUGCCGAGAGUUUUUAAACAAACGGUUACAAGUGCGAUGGCUGAUGCAAGGUGAACAAGUCGAAAUUAUUUUAUCGGCUAAAAUAAGCGAAGAUAAGUACAUUGCUUUCGGCAUUUCGGGAGCGGAUAACAAAGCACAAAUGGUGGGGGGAGACGUCACGGUGGCCUACUACGACAAAACGACCGAAACUUUUCACGCAGUGGACUACUAUAUUUCACACGCAUCACAGUGCGAUGGAAAAUCAGGGGUAUGUCCGGAUGAACGCAUCGGAGGUCGAAACGACGUCACUCUACUUUCCGGGGAAAGGACAAACGGAAUUACCACAAUACGUUAUGUAAGGCCACUUCACACCAACGAGGCGAUCAACGAUAGAGCUAUACCGGAUGACGGUUCUAUUGGGGUGAUCGCUGCUUUUGGACCUCUCAAUUCUAGAAUGGAAGCGAACGCUCAUAUGCAGAAAGACAGAACGAAAGAGGAGGAAAGUAUUGACUUCAGCGACCGAUACGACCAUCAGUGUACGAUCACUCUAGACGAACUACCGCAAGAAUAUGACGUCACUCCGUGGCCUCCAGCUAGCAUAAUAGGAGAAAAUGUGUUUUAUGUUAAAAUCGGACCGAGCGGCGGCCAAAGGGGAUUUUCUCCAAAAACCGGAUUACCAUCUUGGGGCAUAGUGUUCUACAUCAACGACCAACUAAGUCCAGAUUUGACCGUGGAGAGAGGUCAAAUGUACACGUUUGUGGUUGAAACCGGCGAACAUAACAGCAAUCCAGCACGUUACCACCCUCUGUACAUAACAGACUCGAACGAAGGCGCUUACGGACAACAGACCCCGGAACAAAGAAGUGAACAAACCAUUUAUGCCGGUGUAGACUUCGACAAAGACGGAAAUCCGAAUCCAACAGUGACAGGACGCUAUUGCGAGUGGGCACAUAAGAGUGUUGAUAUGGCCUUAGAAUCAGAAACCUUUGAAGAUUAUAUGAAAACACUGAGAUUGGAAUGCGAUCAAGGCGAACCUGCCACCUUGAACUGGACAGUACCUAUGGAUGCCCCAGAUUUGUUGUACUAUCAAUGCUAUAGUCACAGUUUCUUGGGUUGGAAAAUUCACGUGGUUGAUCCGGGUUAUAUCUCGGAACAGAAUGGAGACGCCAAAGCCAGCGCAACUGCUCCGAGACAUCUAAGAAUAACAACACUCUUUCUAAGCUUGUGGGUAAUACUAAAAGCGUGCAACCAAUGGUUUAUUUUCUAACAUUCCUACGUCAUUUAAAUUUACCGACAAUAAUUUUUAAUCGAUAAUAAUUUUGAUCGUUGUGUACAAAUAUUGACGUCGAAGACAUGUUUCAUCGCAAAAAAUGCAAACGAUAAAUAAUUCAUGUGAUGAACGACAAUAUGUAGUUCAACUUUUCGUACUAUACAGGGCGACUCGCAGUGAGUGGCUGUUAGAGAUGCACAACAUUUAAGAUAAAACCUUGAACGUAGUGUUUAAAAAAAGAUUUUGCAUAUAAAUACUAAGAACAAUUAAUUUUUUGACUAAUUGAUUAUUGACUUUCAAAACACAUUCUAUAUAGUUUUAGCACCUUAAAAUUUAAAUAAAUAUAGUUUAUAAGGAGUAAGACCGGAAGAUAAAAGAGGUAUAUAGGUCAUGUGCAAUAGAAACAAAUUUCUCCUACUGUGCUGCCAAUGUGAUUGUAGUGUGAAAUAAAUGUUACCGCCAAAAUAUGAAAAUAUGUAGUAACUAUCAUUUUCAAGAGUUGUAUGAACUAAGCAAUUUCACCUUAUGAUAGUUUUCUUCUAUAUAAGGGCCAAUAAACAUAUUAUUGUUUAGAUUUUCAUAUAUUUAAAAAAUUAAAUAACAAAGUUUCAAGCGUAUUCUCAAUUUUUAAUAAAUAAUAAAUUACAAAGUAGAAUAUACGUACAGGCUCAUCUAAAUACGGGAAUCUAAAUAUAAUAUAAUAAAUAUAAAUAAAAUUUGAUUUUAGACCAGCAGCGAAAGCUAAUACACGAAAUAAAUGAAAACUUAAAAAAAGACCACUUUGUAAAAAGAGAAUUCUGAAACCGUUAUCACCAUUAAUGAGUAACAUUUAAAAUGAAACGCCGCUAUGCUCUAA